AUGAAUAAUUUGACGACGCCUACUUCCGCACAGAGUGACGAUGAUUCGUCGAGGACCACUCUCAAAUUGGUCCUCGCCAUCUCGUAUCUCGUUCUGUUCAUCAUUGGAACCGUCGGAAAUGGGUGAGCCGAGUGUCUGGUGGCGGCUGAACUUUCUUAAAAAAACGUUCUUAAAAAAACGUAACAUACAACAUAUUUUUUUAAAAAUAAACUUUCAAAGUGGGGACAUUCACUUUCCCAAAGUCCCGAAUUACCAAAAAUUCCCCGAUUUUUUUAAGAUUUUUUUCAAAAAAAGUUAAUGAAACCGAGAGAGAAGUACACGGCGAAAUGGAAGAGCUGGCCUAGAUUUUUUUCUAGUCCCCGAAUGGAAUUCCCCUUUCUUCCGAUUUUUCCGUUUUCGUGCAAUUUUUCGUGCAAUUUUUCAAUCGUUUUUUUCACUGAACACACUUAUUUGCAAUAUUUUUAAAAAAAUUUAUAAUUUUUUUCUGUGCCGUGACACCAAAAAAAUCGAUAAUCUGAAAAUUUCAAAAUUCAGCAAAAUUCAGAAAUUCGGCUUUUUAAAUAUUGUAAAUAAGUGUGUUCAGUGAGGAAAAAACGAUUGAAAAUUGCACGAAAAUUGCACGAAAAUUGCACGAAAAUUGAAAAAAAUCGGAAAAAAAGGGGAAUUCCAUCCGGGGACUAGAAAAAUCUAGGCCAGCUCUUCCGUUUCGCCGUGUACUUCUCUCGGUACCAUUAACUUUUUUUGAAAAAAAUCUUUAAAAUCGGCGAAUUUUUUUUUGGUAAUUCGGGACUUUGGGAAAGUGAAUGCCCCACUUCGAAGUUAAUUUUAAAAAUAUGUUGUAUUAUGUCACGUUGGACACCACCUUUAACUUUCCAAAACUUUCAAAACACCCGUUUCCAUUUCAGUACCGUAAUCCUGAUGAUCAUCAACAUUUUGACGUCGAUGAAGCGGAACAUGCAGGCGGGAAAACGAAAAGUGAUGAGCAACACGAACCACGUGUUCAUCUAUGUUCUAGGUAGUUUUUCCUCCUCCUCCACUUUUCCACCGAUUUUCACGAUUUGAGGCCUGUCGAUCGUUGAUCUGCUGGUCAUUCUGCACCUUCCGUUCCUUGUUGUCGAUCUUUUGAAAGGUAAUAACAAAUUGGAUCGGGCGGCGCGAAAACAGUGUUUUCCAACUUAAUUUUCAGGACAAUGGCUAUUCGGUGUGGCGAUGUGUAAAGUGUACUGGUUCGGCGAGAGCGUCAACAAGUUGUUGAGCUCUUUUCUGAUGACCGUCCUCAGUUGGGACCGCUACAUGGCCGUUUGCAGUCCCGUCAAGUCCAUGAAGUGCGGAUUCGGGGGGUGGCUUUGCUAUUUGUUGGCUUCAGAAUAAUUCGCGUCUUGCACAAAACUUUGAGAGUUGAGCGGAACAACUCAACGAAAGAAAGAACUCACGGAAGAAUUUUUUUAUCUUUUUUAGAAAAUUUUUUCAUGGAAUGUGAUCAACUGACGAAAUGUAUAGCAAAGUGAACUGUGCUCAUAGAAAAAUAAUUGUAAAUUUAACUUUUCAUACAAAAAAGUUAUUCGAGUUCCGUCUUCCGUUCGCCCCCUUUUUCACGGAACAACUCGAAUAACUUUUUUGUAUGAAAAGUUAAAUUUACAAAUAUUUUUCUAUGAGCACAGUUCACUUUGCUAUACAUUUCGUCAGUUGAUCACAUUCCGUGAAAAAAUUUUCUAAAAAAGAUAAAAAUUCUUCCGCCCAAACUCUGGUCCUGAUGUAUGUCAACGCACUCAGAACUCAACCAUUUUCUUCAGAAUGAGAAGCAAUGCGACGGCGCUCAAAGUGCUGGUGGCGUGCACCGCGUUCGCUACCGUACUCCUGCUGCCAGUGCUCAUCGAGGCCGCCGUCUUCAAAAUUGACAAGUUGCGAAUGAUUCCGCUGACGGACGGAAGUGCCGAUUUGGCCGCUUCGGGUACUGCGUCUGUGUGCGUUGACGCAAUUUUUUUUCCACAGAUUUGGCCGGUACGACCAUGUCAAAAUGCAUGUUCGACGCGGACGCCACAUUCACUUUGUACACUUUUGUCAUCGGAUUCGCCGCGCCCGCGUUUCUCAUCAUCAUUUUCUAUGUUCAGGUAGGAUAAGGUUAAUCCAGCAGAGCCGAUCCUAAUUCGGAUCCAAUUUGAAGUUGGCAUAAAUGCUAAUCCCUGAAAAAAAAAACGUUUUUUAGGUGAUAUACGCCCUUCAAAAAUCGUCGCGAAACAUGCGCAACGCGCGUGGAAUGACCAAACCCGACGGCGGCUCGAAUCGCGUCAAAAAGGUCACCAAACGCAUCGUCGCCGUCAUUUUGUUCUACUUUUUGUGCUGGACACCCCAGUGGACGCUCAACAUCAUGUCGCAGUUCAAUUUGAUCGCGGUGAGUCGGGGGGGAUGCGUCGACGACGGAACCGUUCUCACUUUCAGGUCUCCUGGAUGACGCCCGCCCUCUCCGCAAUGUUCUUCGUCGCUCAUUUACUGGUGAGUUCUGCGGUGGCCUAACUUCCCCAUCACGGUCUCCACAGCUGACAAUGGGCGCAAUAGAGCGGUACAUUGGCGCGAAAUUCAAAAUUUAACAGCAAAAUUUGUGUUUUUUGCCAGAUUCGCUACGAAACAUCGAUAAUUCCUCAUUUGUCUCUCUAUAGACCGAUUGUAUAGGCUAUUACGAAUUUUUUAAGCGCUAGAGCGUCAAAUUUGGUCAAGUUUGAAGGUUUUUCGCUAAAACUGCGUGAAUUUCAGUUGCUUUUCGGUAAUUUUCGCGGUUCGAGCACUCAAAAUACUUGUAUUUACGUGAUUUAUCAUUCUCAAAACCAAUUCUGUCUGGCAACGGACAAGAAAGCGCAAAAUGAGAAGUGCGGUUUUUAGGGCGAAAAAAAAAUUUCGAAAAAGCGAAAUCCACGAAAAAUGCGCCAAAACGUCAUUAAUUCUGUGAGAAUUAGUGUGUUUUCAUGUCGAACAAUCAUUUUUCAUCGUCUUUGACCACAAAAAUCAGAGAAAACCUGCUCAAUUCAUGAAAACGCCUCUGAAAACGCGUCUUGUCAGCUCUGGAGACCGUUCCCACCAGAGUUGAGCGGAAGAACUCAACGGAAGAACAUGGAAGAAUUUUUAUCUUUUUUAGAAAAUUUUUUCAUAGAAUAUGAUCAACUGACAAAAUGUAUAGCAAAGUGAACUCUGUUCAUAGAAAAAUAAUUGUAAAUUUAGCUUUUCAUACAAAAAAGUUAUUCGAGUUGUUCCGUGAAAAAAGUAGACGAACGGAAGGACAACAACUCGAAUAACUUUUUUGUAUGAAACGCUAAAUUUACAAUUAUUUUUCUAUGAGCACAGUUCACUUUGCUAUACAUUUCGUCAGUUGAUCACAUUCCAUGAAAAAAUUUUCUAAAAAAGAUAAAAAUUCUUCCGUGUUCUUCCGUGAGUUCUUCCGCUCAACUCUGGUUCCCACACCCAAUGGCCUCCUCAACUCUCUUCAGGUGUGUUUCAACUCGGCCGCCAAUCCGGUGCUCUACGCCUACAUCAACCGCGAACUUCGGUCGCAGCACGUGAUGGCGAUGCAUCGGAAGCGGCACUCGGUCUGUCAGGAUCAGCAGCGACUCGCUAACAACAGGUACAUACACGCGGAACUUUUACGACAGAUUCCUCAUCAUAUUUGCUUCAUUUUUAGGCUCUCAAUGCAAUCUAGGCCCUCUGACACGUCUGCCACUGUUUUCUCCAAAUUCAGCGACAAUGAGGAGGGACGGAGUUUUUUGGGCAGGUUUGUGUGGCCUAACUUUCUCCUCGCGACCUAAAUUUUACUCUUCCAGACUGACGCUCCUCCAGAACAACAUCCUGGCGAGCAUCUUCAAUCGCAAACGGGUUCCUCUGGUGAUCGACAAAAACGUAACGGUACGCGACAGCCACCGUAAUCCCUCAAAAUGGUGCCGAAUGUUCAGGUGGAAAACACGUCAUCAUCGACCGACGAGGAUAAGGACGAUUACUUGUAA